AUGGAUAUCAACCAAGGGCAUGGAGCUGAAGAGUUGUUUCAGGCUCAGUCCCAUUUGUAUAGAUAUACCUACAGUUUCAUUGGUUCAAUGUGCCUCAAAAGUGCAGUUCAUUUGGGAAUACCUGACAUAAUCCACAACCAUGGCCAACCCAUUACUAUCCCUGAAUUGGUCUUGGCACUUCACAUCGACCCUUCCAAAUCUGGUUAUGUAUAUAGGCUUAUGCGCUUGCUGGUGCAUGCUGGCUUCUUUGCUACAACCAAGGUUGCAAAAGAUGAUGAUGAUGAGAAGGAAGAAGUGGGGUAUGAUCUCACACCUUCCUCAAGGCUUCUCCUCAAAGACAGUGUCCCAACCUUGUCUCCUUUUGUAAGGGCAAUGUUUCAUCCGUCUCUAGUUCACUCAUCAGAGUUCUUGGGAGAGUGGUUUCACACAAAUGAGCUCACACCCUUUCACACUGCAUAUGGCACCAGUUUUUGGGACUAUUUAAGCCAAAACCAAGACUUUAACAUGCUCUUCAAUGAAGCCAUGGUUAGUGAUUCCGGGAUGAUGAAUUUGGUAAUCAAAGAUUGCAAAUCUGUUUUUGAGGGAUUGAACUCAUUGGUUGAUGUGGGUGGUGGUACAGGAGCAGUAGCUAGGAUGGUUUCUGAGUCAUUUCCUAAUUUUCAUUGCACAGUGUUAGAGCUUCCACAUGUGGUUGAAAAUUUGCCAGAUAGCAGCAAUUUGAAGUUUGUUGGAGGUGACAUGUUUCAGUCUAUUCCUUCAGCAGAUGCCAUUCUUCUUAAGUUAGUCUUGCAUGCUUAUAGUGAUGAGGACUGCAUUAAGGUACUAAAGAAGUGCAGAGAAGCUAUUUCAAGCAAAGACAAAGAAGGAAAAGUAAUUAUCAUAGACAUAGUGAUCAGGGAGAAGAAUGAUGAGCACGAAUUAAAAGAAGCAAAACUCUUUUUUGAUGUGUUAAUGAUGGUUGUGGUCAAUGGAAGAGAAAGAGAAGAAAAAGAAUGGGAGAAGCUCUUCUUGGAAGCUGGAUUCAGUCACUACAAGAUCACACCCAUCUUUGGGAUGAGGUCACUUAUUGAAGUUUAUCCUUGAAUUACUCUAAAAAAAUAACCUCUGUUCUCAGGAGCAGAUGCAGUGAUUUAUGCUUUGCUUGUCUGUUGCUUCCCAUCAAAGGAUAAGAACAUUUUGUAUCCUAGUUUCUGUUUGAUCUUUAUGCAAAAACCUUAUUCACGAUUGUUACAUUUCUUUAUUUUGUACUAUGUGUUUGGAAGAUUUAUG